AAAGAAUCUAACUUUUGAAUUCUUCGUCUCAAGAUCUCUCUUUAUCUCUCUAUCUGUUUGACUGAGGGUUUUUGUUGGAUGGCACUUUGUGGUGUUUGUUCGACUCCAAAUCUGCCGAAUUUGCAAGUGUUUCGUUCUGUUAGAAACUCGAGCAUUGGUUUGAAACGGAACCAUAGUCUAUGGCAAUCCACAAGUUCAUUUCGUGCAAACGUUGUGAAAUUUCAUUGUUCAUCUUCCUUAAGACCGUCAUCAUCUAAUGUGGAGGAGAUAGACGAGGAUGUUGAUAAUAAUCCUUCGGUAUCGUUGAAUGGUGAAUCAGCAAAUGUGAUGCAGUUCAAGUGGUCUGAUUUCAAGAUUCUUGAUUGUGUUAGCAUUGGUCAUGGCGGCAGGGCAGAUGAGCUUGUGUUUGAAGCUAUAGUUCAGGUGCCAGAUAGCCCUUUGUUUAACCAAGGAGUUGUCCUUCGGAAAUUGAAUACCACUCGAGCUCAAAGAAGAGGAAGAAGAGCCAUAGAAGUGUUUAAAAAGCUAGUUCGUCGGAGACUUCUCUACCAUUCUUACUCAAUGCAAGUUCACGGUUAUAUCUCUAAUAACUUGAGCGAUGAUCAGUACUCAUUUACCCUCGUACAUGGGUGCCAUGGAAGUUUCUCGAUUAGGCACUGGCUUCAACAAUCUGAUUGGCUUCCAACAUUAGAAGCUACUCUUGCAUUAGAUGAAGAAUCCUUUAGAAGGGUCGGUGAUGAUACAACUGGAGGGCCUGCAGUCUCGAGGCAGUUAAGACUAAUCCGUAUACUAAUGAGGGAUAUUUUGAUUGGAGUCAAUUACUUGCACAGCCAUGGUCUUGCUCACACAGAACUGAGAUUAGAAAAUGUGCACAUUAGCCCUGUGGAUAGACAUAUCAAAGUAGGGAUUCUCGGAAAUGCAGCUGACUUUAACGGGGAUGGUCCAAGUACUAGCAGCGCUUACACUACCAUGGACAGACGACAAAUGAUGAUAGCAUUUGACAUGAGAUGUGUUGGAUUCAUGAUGGCAAAAAUGGUACUUCAAGAAUUGAUGGAUCCAUUAAUCUUUGCGAAAUUGAAGUCUUUCUUGGCAAAGGGGAAUGAUCCUUCCUCGCUACGGGAAUUCUUCGUGACGACGCUCAAUACAAACUCCGAGUCUGGAAAUACUGGAGUGCAAAUACUUGAUAGAAACUGGGGAGCAGGUUGGCAUCUUUUAUCUUCGUUAAUUGCUACCAGACCUUCUAAAAGAAUAAGUUGCUUGGAUGCUCUUAAACAUCCCUUUCUAUGUGGACCAAGAUGGCGCGUUGCCCCAUCAAUGGAUAUCAUCAGAUGGGGUCUUGGAUCAACCGCAGUAAAGAUUUCAGAAGAAUACAUUUACCGCAUGCCUCAGCGCCAAAGACUUGCCCACUUCAUUGGACUGAUGGAGAUGCUAAAUCCUUAUCCAAAACCAAACUGUUGGUUGGAGCUUUUACCGGGAAGAUGGCGUCUGUUAUACUCAACCGGAAAGCACAUAGGUCUAACUCUGCGUCAGCCCUCAACACGUGCCUUAAUAGGCAACGUUCACUUAAUGAUAACUCGAGCUUCAGAAUCCGCAAACAACACUUCACUUUCCUUUACCUCUGAUAUAGGCUUCACUGCCAUAACCAGCAAAGAUUGGCCACACAACAAAAUCGGAGCUACUGGGAAAUUACAAACGCUUUCUCAAUUCAGACUAAUAGCCGGAAAAAGACUUUACCUCAAAGAAGAAAAAAAGAACAUUGGUAAGUUCUCAAUGGGCGAACCAGAUGCUGAAGAAGGUCUAGCCGAGAAGCUUGAAACCGAGAAAUGGAAAAAAGUAGUGCCCUUCAAGGAGUUUCCGUCGAGUCUUCCUGUAGCAAAACUCAUAUCUGGAGACAUCGAAGUGACGAUGAACAUGAACGAUCGUAUAGAUUCACCUGGGAGUGUGAUUGGAGAAGUUAGGAAGCAAAUUCCGCCGGAAAUGUUCGAUCUUUCUAAGCUUGUGUGUGGGACUUACAUAGACAGUAGGUUACUUGUACUUAGGUGUGUAAAUGGUUCAGCAUUGUUGUUCACAAGAUCCAGCUUGGACCAUAUGUCUAUGUAGCCACUUGGAUCGGUUCUUAUGUAUAUAACAAAUGUAUCAUUCUUUUUUGGACUAAACCUUGUAGUCUAGACUUGUAUGUUGUGGUAAUAAUGUUUGCUUUUGGCUUUGAGGUUGUAAUAAGAGCUUUUUUUAGUA